GGUUGCCAUGGGGACCUGGAUGCUGACGAAGGCUCGCGAGGCUGUGAGCAGCCACAGUGCCCUGCACAGAAGCCCGAGGCUCGUCAGUCAAGCCGCAUCUCUGUUUGCACUCAGCAGCACGGGCAGGCGAGUGGCCCCCAGUUCCGGGAGCAGAGCAGGUGCACCCCAGUCCUGGUCCUUCAGCCCCAAGACUCGCCUGCCCGCCCAGUACCAGGAUGGCCACCAUCACCUGCACCCGCUUCACGGAAGAGUACCAGCUCUUCGAGGAACUGGGAAAGGGAGCCUUCUCCGUCGUUCGCCGGUGUGUGAAGGUGCUGGCUGGCCAGGAAUAUGCUGCCAAGAUCAUCAACACCAAGAAGCUCUCGGCUAGAGACCAUCAGAAGCUGGAACGCGAGGCCCGCAUCUGCCGCCUGCUCAAGCACCCCAACAUCGUCCGACUCCACGACAGCAUCUCCGAAGAGGGACACCACUACCUGAUCUUUGAUCUGGUCACUGGUGGGGAGUUGUUUGAAGACAUCGUGGCCCGAGAAUACUAUAGUGAAGCAGAUGCCAGCCACUGUAUCCAGCAGAUCCUGGAGGCCGUGCUGCAUUGCCACCAGAUGGGGGUGGUGCACCGGGACCUGAAGCCGGAGAAUCUGUUGCUGGCCUCCAAGCUCAAGGGUGCUGCGGUGAAGCUGGCGGACUUUGGCCUGGCCAUAGAGGUGGAGGGGGAGCAACAGGCGUGGUUUGGGUUUGCAGGGACACCCGGCUACCUGUCCCCAGAAGUGCUGCGCAAGGACCCGUAUGGGAAGCCUGUGGACCUGUGGGCCUGUGGGGUCAUCCUGUACAUUCUCCUGGUUGGGUACCCCCCGUUCUGGGAUGAGGACCAACACCGCCUGUACCAGCAGAUCAAAGCUGGCGCCUAUGAUUUCCCGUCACCAGAGUGGGACACCGUCACCCCAGAAGCCAAGGACCUCAUCAAUAAGAUGCUGACCAUCAACCCAUCCAAACGCAUCACGGCCGCUGAGGCGCUCAAGCACCCCUGGAUCUCGCACCGGUCCACCGUGGCCUCCUGCAUGCACAGACAGGAGACCGUGGACUGCCUGAAGAAGUUCAACGCCAGGAGGAAACUGAAGGGAGCUAUUCUUACCACCAUGCUGGCCACCAGGAACUUCUCUGGAGGGAAGAGCGCGGGCAACAAGAAGAACGAUGGCGUAAAGAAAAGAAAGUCCAGUUCCAGCGUUCAGUUAAUGGAAUCUUCGGAGAGCACCAACACCACCAUUGAGGAUGAAGACACCAAAGUGCGGAAACAGGAAAUUAUAAAAGUGACAGAACAGCUGAUUGAAGCCAUAAGCAAUGGAGAUUUUGAGUCCUACACGAAGAUGUGUGACCCCGGGAUGACAGCCUUCGAACCCGAGGCCCUAGGGAACCUGGUCGAGGGCCUGGACUUCCAUCGAUUCUAUUUUGAAAACUUGUGGUCCCGGAACAGCAAACCCGUGCACACCACCAUUCUGAAUCCUCACAUCCACCUGAUGGGUGACGAGUCAGCCUGCAUCGCCUACAUCCGCAUCACGCAGUACCUGGAUGCGGGCGGCAUCCCCCGCACUGCCCAGUCGGAGGAGACCCGCGUGUGGCACCGCCGGGACGGCAAGUGGCAGAUCGUCCACUUCCACAGAUCCGGGGCACCUUCCGUCCUGCCCCACUGAAGGACCAGGCGGGGCUCACCGCAGUGCUCUGGCGGAAACCCACUCUUCGUGCGUGGAAUGUGGCUACUGGUUCUCCCACUUGGAUUUUGCUGGAAUUUAUCCCCUCCGUCCCUACCCCCGACUUGCCUCCAUGGGCACCUCUGUACCUGCAUCAAGAAAACCUGCUUGUCCAAAACAGCCAUCCCAACCUCAGAACAAGUGGCCAAGUCCCCCCUUGUCCCCACUGCUCAUUCUCACUCCCUCCCCUGUGGGGGGCAGGGCUUCCUCUGGCCUGGGUACACCUUCCCCCAACCCCCGGCCUCACUGUCAACUGCUGGCCCUGCAUCAGCUGUGUGUUCACCAGGGCUGGGGGAAGGAGGGGCACAGUGGCGAGGAAGGAGCAUGGCCCACCCAUCUCUCAGACCCAGGGCAGGGUAGUGACACCCUCCCCACCUCCUCCACAGUCCCUGGAAAACACCACGUGCAGGAGAGUGAGCGAGACCAUGAGAGAGGGGGGCACAGGCCGGGACCCCCUGCCUUGAAUGCCUCCCUACCUCUUUCCCUGUUGGCUGACCUCGCAGUGGCUCACCCGCCCUUGCCCUUGGGGCGGACAGCGUCCCCUCUCAGGUGCCCCAAUCACUGCUGCCGCCUCCACCUUGCAAAGCUCACCUGCCCAACCCCUGGACCCGCACUCCAUCACCCCCACGGCCCCCAUGCCCCCAUGCCCAGCAUCCUGCAGUCUCGGCUUUCCAAGGGAGGGGGAACCUGCUUGCUUUUGGGGGACAAGGAUAGUAACGUCUCUAUACCGUGUCACUUCCACUCAAACCGCAUGCCUUUUUAUAGCCAAAUUCUGUGUAUUUCGUAAGGGGAUGUCAUGUUCAUGGCUAUCUCUGUAAUUACCACUCUCAAACCUUGUGAAGGGGG